AUGUCAGUUCAUGAAAUGUCCCACAUCGAUUUAGAGCAAGGGACACAAAGCCGCUCCGUUGCUGGAAGUGAUAUCAGUUCUUUUUCUGAUGCAGAAGAAGGGUCUUGCUACUCUCAGUUCUAUUCAACCACCGGUGGCUCUUAUGAUGAUUACAGUUUCGCUUGUGUCUCUGAUCCGGAGGGUAUAAUCGGCGUGGUAUUGGAUUCUAGGAGGGUGUCUUCAGUGUCUGAUUGCUCGGUGGAGGUGGGGAUUGAGAAUGGGGUACCUGAAAUAAAGGUGCAUUUGAGUAAAGUGGAGAGAGAUUGUAGGAUUUGCCAUCUGGGUUUGGAGAGUAAUAGUCACGAAUCAGGUGUUGCUAUGGAAUUGGGUUGCUCUUGUAAGGAUGAUUUGGCUGCUGCUCAUAAAAAGUGUGCAGAAGCUUGGUUCAGGAUAAAGGGAAACAAGACCUGUGAGAUUUGUCAUUCUAUUGCACGCAACGUUGUUUUAGCAAGUGAAAUCGAAUUGAUUGAGCAGCCAAGUGAGACAAACAAUGCCCUGGCAAAUACUGCUGCGACAGCAGUCUCAACAUCAAUUCCUGCUACAGAAACUCGAAGCUUUUGGCAAGGCCACCGCUUCCUGAAUUUCUUGCUUGCUUGUGUGGUAUUUGCAUUUGUAUUAUCCUGGCUCUUUCACUUCAACGUGCCAUCCUCGUAA